GUCUCGGAACUUCUAAGCGAUCGGUUUUGUGUGUUUGCUCUCUCGUGCUCCGUGCUUUGUGCUCCAUGCUUCGUGCUCCACGCCGCGCCCAAAGAAGAUUUCGAAUUUAUAUCAAAAUUUUGUUGUGUCGCUUUUUGGCAUAAACGGAAGCAAAGCAGCUACCGACCGCUGAAGGCAGAAUCUGCAGACGAGGAGCAAUAAUAAUAACCCCAUAAAUGUUUAUAAAUAUCACUUAAGAGCGAACCAAUUCCCCAUUCCCCCCCAAGAAUCAUUUUUACAUAUAAUUUAAUAAACAAAAAGCCAUGUGCCGCGUAUCUGGUUAAUGUCAGCGCAAAGUAAAACAAAAAAAACUCAAUUCGAUUUAUGGUUUGUGAUUGCAAAUUUGACAUAAUUGUGUUUUUUGAUUUAUUUCUUAAUCGUAUCCGUGUCUGUAUAAGUGUGUGUGUGUGUGUGUGUCUGUGUGUAGCAUCUUCAAGUGCCGCAAAACCGACCACGAUUAUCGCACACAGCGCAGGGGAAUUUGUUUGCAGCGCCCAAAGAUGACGACUUUAAGCUCCGCUUUGCUGCUCUGCUGCACAGUUAUGCUGCUGGCCACAGCGGCAUCAGGUAUACAGAACAGAACGAACAGCAACAGCCAUCCCACCAGACUACAGCCACAUCGUGUGCAUGGACAUCGACAGCGUCACCAUGGUGGUCCCUUGGUGGCAACUCAGCAGCGACCAGCCCGCCGUCUGCAGUCGGCCAACUCGGCCAAGGCGGAGGUGGAACUGCUGCCGGGUGUCACCAUGCAGGAGGUCACCCGGCUGCGUCGCAUUCAUCCGCAUAAUCCCUACAAUAAGGUGUUAACGCGUCGCCUGCAUCAGCAGUCGGGUCGUCCCACCGAGUGGGACUACAACACGUACAACAUCUACACGAAUACGUUUGGACCACCACCGCCACCGGUGCCGCCAUCGUUGCCGCACUCUGGCAAGGGCGAGGACAACACGCAGGAUGUGGAGUUCAUUGGCGUGCGAGAGCGGGGACGUGGCUACAACUAUGUGCCAUCUGUGAGCAGCACCACUGCACCACCGCCGAGUCUCAAUCGUCGCUCUGCCACUCCCGGACUGAGCAGCAUAGGCACCAUUCCGCCCCUGGUGCCCGCCCGACGGGGUUAUGUCUACACGACGACGGCGCCCAUGACAACCACGAGCACAUCCACACCCGCUGUGACCACGGAGGAUCCCUACGAGACGAACACCAUUGGACGCCACUAUCCCACAGAUCCCAAGGAGAUGGAGAGGCGACACAUUUGCGUGCAGCAGCGGACAAUCACGAUGCCCGUCAAGACGACGGAGGUGUACACGCGCCCCACCUGGAAGCAUGUCAGCACGCCCUGCCAGCCGCAGUCGUAUUCGGGGCAGAUGUGCACGCGGGUGCAGGUGGUCCACGAGCCAGCCUACCGGGACGUGAUCAAGCACAAGACGGCCCAGCAGAUGACCUACGACUGCUGUACCGGCUGGAGCCGGGAGAAUCCGCGUGCGGAUGCGUGCAUGAAACCUGUUUGCUCCACGCGCUGCCAGAAUGGCGGCAACUGCACGGCUCCCCAGACCUGCUCCUGUCCGUCCGGCUAUACGGGCCGCCUCUGUGAGUUGGAUGUGAACGAGUGUCAGGUGGACAAGCCGUGCGACCAGCAGUGUGUCAACACUCCCGGCUCCUACUUCUGUCGCUGCAGGCAGGGCUUUGUGCUGCAGGCGGAUCAGCAGAGCUGCAAGAAGGUGUCCACCCACGACGAUGAUGCCUUUGAGGCGCGAGAUCUGGAGAAUGACAUCGAUGAGAUGGAUCCCGAGGUGGCCACGCGGCUGCAGAAGAUCGAACGCUCGCUGGCCAAUGAGCGGGUGCACACGAACGAGCUGCAAAAGUCGCUCCAAGCCACAUACAGCGUGGUGGACACGCUGCAGACGAGGCUGAGCACGCUGGAAAAGCAAGCCCAGGAUGUGAGUCGCAUGCAGACGAAUCUGUACAAGACAGAGUCGCGCACCAACAAGCUGGAGGGGAUGCUCAAUCUGCUGAUGAAGUGCCGGAACGGCCCCAAUGCCAAUUGUCCGUAGGAAGAGUCGAGGGCACAAAGAACUGCAUUUCUCAACGAAAAGAAAUUAAUUUACAUUAAAUGUUUAGUUAAUUUAAUUGUCUAUUUCUGUUCACCAACUUAUGCGCCGCUCCUCCUGCUUGUAAGCCAUUCCCGCAAUGCGAGUGCGCCUGCCUCUGUAGUCUCUAGAAAUCAGCCAGAACUUUAGUACUUAAGCGAUGAAAUGUGUCAUAAGUGUAACAGUGUUUAGUUUUUGCAUGUAUCUGUAUAUAAUUAUAAUGUAUAUGAGAGAAAUUCGCUGCACAAAUAAAUGCAUUUUCCCAAAAAA